AUGAAUUUUGCAACGUUAUUAAAAAAGCCCGAAGGUUACGACGUAAAAAUUGUUGCCGGUGAAGAGCCAAAUGUUAAAGAAUUUAAAGCACAUAAGGCUAUCUUAAUUAGUAAAUCAGAUUAUUUUAAGAGUGCAUUUUCUUUACAAUGGGAAAGAGUUGAAGAUGGAAUUACCAUUUUCAAAAAACCCAAUAUUACACCUUCGAUAUUCGAAAUUCUUUUAAAUGAUGAACUCCAGUUACUCGAAGUCUAUCAACAACUUGAAAAACGUUUGCUUAAAGAUGAAUCGGCCUGGAAACCAAGAGACAUUAUUACAGCUCUUGAACAUGACCAUUUAACUACUUUGUAUAAUUUUUCGAUGGUAUUGGUAUGCAGAAAUCCUAAAAUUAUUUUUGAAUCAGAGGAUUUCCUUAAUAUGAAAGAAGGCGCUCUUAUUGAUAUUUUAAAAUCAAAUGAUCUAGAAUUAGAUGAAUUUGAAAUUUGGCAAUACGUAAUUCAAUGGGGGAUCGAAAACACUAAUUCUAUUAUAUGUUAUGAUUUAAAAAAAUGGACGCCGGAGAAUUUUAUGGAUUUAAAAAAUACUCUGAAUAAUUGUAUUCCACACAUACGAUUCUUUCGAAUGUCACCUAACGAUUAUAAGAAACUUAGAGCCCAUUUUAAGGAUAUUCUACCUGGUGGUCUUGAUAAUGAAAUUAGUCAAUAUUUUUCGGAUCCUGAUUUUAAACCUUCAAUCAAUAUUUUACCACUAAGAAACCAUCCACUCAAAUCAAAUAUUAUCGAUGCAAAAGAUGAAGGGUUAAUAGCAAGUUGGAUUGAUAGGCAAGGAGCAUCGUACCAUUUUAAAAAUUUGCCAUUUAAAUUUAAUCUCAUUUAUCGUGCUAGCCGUGAUGGAUUUAAGAUUUACAAAUUUCAUAAUAAUUGUGAUGAUAAGAAUUCAACACUUGUUGUCAUUAAAGUUCGCGAUUCAGGAGAGAUAAUUGGGGGAUUCAAUCCAUUAAGAUGGGAUUUUGUGCUAAAAGAUAAAAGUUUCUCAGAUUACAUUAAUUUUAAAUAUAAAGCUUCAGACUUUUUUAUAUUUUCACUAUCAAAUCGAGAAGUUCCGAUAUUAAGUCGAAUCUCUUCUAUAAGAAAUAUAACAUCAUGUACAUAUAGAGAAGGACCAAGUUUUGGCUUAGAUUUGCGUAUUACACUAUCAAAAGGUUCUUAUAAUGGUAUUAUUGGCGAAAGCGAAAAAUGUUCAUAUGAAAAGAAAAUUACUGACAGACAAACUUUUGAAAUAGAAGAAUAUGAAGUAUUUCAAAUUAUUGAUAAGAGACCUUUCAAAAAAAUUG